AUGCACUCGACCUGGGCGGUUUUACUUCUAUUUUCUGGAAUCUUGAAUGCCCGGGCUCUCUACUUGUAUUCCUACACUUCUAUUUUCUUACUCUCGCCGCUACUACUGACUGGUCUUUAUUUUUUGCUGAGAAACAAACAAUGUCCGCGUGAGCAGGCCAUGGCCUUUUUCGCCGAUUUUAUGGUGGGCGGACAUCGUGGGUCUCCAUGGAAAGAGCCGGAGAAUAGCAUCGAAGCUUUUCUCAAGUGUAAAGAUGAAGGCUGCCAACUCGUCGAAUUUGACAUCGAAGUGACGAAGGAUGGGAUUCUAGUGAUAAUGCACGACGAAACGACGGAUAGAACCACCGACAAAGGAUGGGUGGUUUGUGAAAGAACACUGAACGAGUUGAAGGAGUUGAAGCUGAAAUUCAUCCCGCAUGGUGGGGGAGCCGUGGAGUACAAAGGAACGGUGCCGACGCUUGCUGAGACCGUAGAGCUGUGCAAGAGCAAAUCGAUCAAGAUGCUCUUUGAUGUGAAGCAUUUUGACGAGAAUGUGAUCCAAACCAUCGCCCUUCUUUUCUCAAAGUACUCGCUCUAUGAAGUGGCCAUUGUGAGCAGCUUCAACCCGCUGGUUCCCUACUUCAUCAAGCGCCGGGACCAGAAAAUACUGACGGGUUAUACUUGGCGACGUUUCUGCAAUUCGACGAAGGGAGAGUGCGAUUUGUCCUCGAAGUACAACUCGUUCCUGAAUGCUGUUUUCGAGUUGUUUGAUGAGUUGAACCACCAACUGACCUCGCACUUCUUCUUGCCCGUGUUUUUGGGCGUCGAAAUGGUGUUGGUCAACCAUCAUGAUCUCUCACAGCUCCUCGUCUAUCACGCUCGAUACCAUGGACUCCAGGUGGUCGCCUGGACCAGCAACGAUCCGGUUGAGGCGCUCUGGAUCAGGGAAUAUUUGAAGAUCCCCUUCCUGACCGAUUCGAUGGAUGCCAUCAAUCGCGCGAUUAAAAAUGUUUGGAGGGAGCAAUUCCUGGAAGAUCGCUGCUGCACAAAAGAGGAGAUCCACAAGGAGUUCUUCAUCUCCUCAGUGCCACACAUCCUUCUAAACGUCGUACUCAUCAUCUAUUGGUAUAUUGGGGCCGUUGUUCUCCAUCAAAUCGAGCCGAAACUGCGGUAUAAGAGUCUACACGAAUCGGCAUUAUUUUGCUUCAUCACCACUUCAACUAUUGGCUGGGGCAACAUCGUGCCGGCCACCUACUACGGAAAAUGCUUCAUCAUAUUGUAUAUAAUGAUUGGUACCCCAUUGACAUAUGUUGUGCUGGGGAAUAACGGCCAAUUCCUCGUCGAUCUCUACUGGAUUCUCAAAAAGAGCUAUGCCACCAAGAAAAAGGGCGAAAUCUACGGCGGUGAGAUGCCGCUGGUGAUCAGCUACGGGCUGCUGUUGUUGCACAUUUGUCUGGGCGCCCUGUUGUACAGUUUAUGGGUGGAUCACAAAUCAUUCUUCGAAUCGUUCUAUUUGACCUUCAUCUCGAUCACGACAAUUGGCUACGGGGACGAGAUUCCGGCCACCGACCGUCGAUGGGAAUUCUACGUAACGAUGCUCUAUCUGGCCAUUGGUGUGAUCAUCGUGACGAUGGUUGUCGGCUCAAUGCAGGGGUUAUUUCAGAGGAUGCACAAUCUAGGAAGAAAUGGAAUCUCCGGCUCGCAGGCGGUCGAAAUUUGGUUUGGUGGGAGGGCGAUGCGAGUUGGAGAAUUGGUCCAUAUUGUUGCUGAACAUUUUUCGGUCGAGCCGGCCAAACUCCGACACGUCCUGAAGGAUUUGGACGAGAUUCUCGAGGCGGCGACGGCUGAGACGGAGAGCAUCGACGGUGACACGUCGCCAUUAAUGGAAGGACAUCCGGAGCAUCAAUUGACUGUG